AAGGAAAUGAGCGGCAAGCACAGAAGAAGAAUUCGCAUGGCGAUCUGAUGGAGAUGAAUUGAAUCAACGUGCUCUGCAUUGAUAAUAUCAUUUGGUAUUUUAUCUAAUCAGGUUAAAGUUAAGGGGUACCGUCUGAGUAAUAAUGUCGGGGAUUCCUCCAGACACGUGGCAGCCACCGACUGUAGCUCUGGACACGACCAUGGGAACGAUUGUGGUGGAGCUGUACUGGAGACAUGCACCAAAGACUUGCAAGAACUUUGCAGAACUGGCCAGAAGAGGCUAUUACACCAACACAAAGUUCCAUCGUAUCAUCAAAGACUUCAUGGUGCAGGGAGGAGACCCGACAGGAACUGGCCGCGGUGGGGCUUCCAUAUUCGGUAAACAGUUUGAAGAUGAAAUGAGCCCGGAACUGAAGUUCACAGGUGCUGGUAUUCUGGCGAUGGCCAAUGCAGGACCGGACACAAAUGGAAGCCAGUUCUUCCUCAGUCUGGCGCCCACACAGUGGUUAGACGGGAAGCACAGUAUUUUUGGGAGAGUCUAUCAGGGCAUGGGAGUGCUGAACCGUAUCGGGAUGGUAGAAACCAGUGGUCAGGACCGGCCAGUUGAUGAUAUCAAAAUCAUUAGAUCUCAGGUAGCAAGUUAAACAAAUCAUUAUAUACCUUGAUUUUUUUUUUUCAUUAAAUUUUUAUAUUUUCUAAUAUGAAGGUUUGUGUUUCUUAAUUGUAUGACAUCAUCAUUCCAUGGAGGUAAUGCUAAAGUUAAAUCUAAGUAAAACAAACAAAACUUCAAAACCACUAAUGUUUUAAAGGUGCAGUGUGUAGUAAUUAUCAGCAUUUGGCCAAACAGACUUAAUAUGAAUGGAGUGUAUAUUUGUUAGUCAGUUUAAUUAAGUGUAUAAUCACCUGAAUAUAAAAAACAAUCUGUAUUUGCUAACAUUGAAUGAGCCUUUUAUGUCUACGUAGGAGCAGGUCCCCUGCCACAGCACAGACAAACGAAUGACAUACAUGUUUCUUUAUUUAGUAAGUUGAUGACUGAGUGAGUAAAUGCAAUUGGAAGAUGAAGAAGAAGAAUUUGUAUAAUGGACAUUUUUGAUAGUGAAAACCUGAUAAAAGGAGGAUAAUUCUUAAACAUCA